CCGGGCCGCGCGGAGCCAGGACAGCUACUCCCAGAUAAAUACUGGCACACCUGGCCUGUAGGCUGAGCCGUUGCCAAUGAACUCCAUGAACCCCAUGAAACCUGCCCUGCCCCCAAUGCCACACGGUGAUGGUUCAUUUGCAUAUGAGUCUGUGCCUUGGCAACAAAGUGCCACUCAGCCAGCUGGGUCAUUGUCUGUGGUCACUACUGUGCGGAGAGUUGGCAACGCGACCCAGACCCAGGUUUUGGGGAACCCCAUGGGCCCUGCAGGAAGCCCUUCUGGUGGCUCCAUGAUGCCUGGUGUGGCAGGUGGCAGCUCUGCCUUGACUUCCGCUCAGUGCCUGGGACAGCAGGCGUUUGCUGAAGGUGGCGCUAGCAAGGGCUAUGUGCAGCAAGGCGUGUAUGGCCGUGGGGGCUACCCUGGGGGGCCCAGCUUCACCACUGGGUAUGCUGGCAGCCCUGGCGGCCUGGGCCUCCCCUCCCAUGCUGCGCGUCCCUCCACUGACGACUUCACACAAGCAGCAGCUGCAGCUGCCACGACCGCUGCUGCAGCCACUGCCACAGCCACGGCCACAGCCACUGUGGCUGCCCUGCAGGAGAAGCAAAGCCAGGAGCUCAGCCAGUAUGGAGCGAUGGGGACUGGACAGUCUUUUAACAGCCAAUUUUUGCAGCAUGGAGGUCCCCGGGCACCCAACGUUCCCCCUGGCAUGAACCCUUCUGGCAUGGGAGGAAUGAUGGGUCCCUCUGGCCUCUCCUCCAUGACUAUGAACCCCACCCGGGCAGCUGGCAUGACACCUUUGUAUACAGGACAGCGCCUACCCCAGCAUGGGUACCCUGGCCCUCCCCAGGCCCAGCCAUUGCCCCGACAGGGGGUUAAGAGAGCCUACUUGGAGGUGUAUCCAGGGCAGCAAUACCUGCAAGGAGGCCAGUAUGCACCCAGCACUGCCCAGUAUGCACCCAGCCCUGGGCAACCCCCUGCCCCCUCACCCCCACGAAUAACGAGGUCCCGCGGGUCGGGACACUACCCUGGGCACAGGCUGCCCCUGCAGCAGGGUAUGGGCCCUGCAGGACUGCAUUACAAGCUUGCAGAGCAGUUCAGCGGGCAGGGCGCCAACUUCAGCGGGGGCAGCAUAGGCUACAGCCAGCCCAGCCUAAGUGGGCCUGCCCGCUCCAUCCCUGGCUACCCCAGCUCCCCGCUGCCAGGGAACCCUACACCACCCAUGACGCCCAGCAGCAGUGUUCCCUACAUGUCCCCAAGCCAGGAGGUCAAGUCUCCUUUCCUGCCUGACCUCAAGCCAGGUCUCAGCUCUUUGCACCCAUCGCCUUCUGGAAGUGGCCCUUGUGAUGAGCUGCGCUUGACCUUCCCAGUACGAGAUGGAGUGGUCCUGGAGCCUUUCCGCCUGCAGCACAACCUGGCUGUGAGCAACCAUGUCUUCCAGCUCCAAGACUCUGCCUACAAGACACUGAUGCUGAGGCCUGACCUAGAGCUGCAGUUCAAGUGCUACCACCACGAGGACCGGCAGAUGAACACCAACUGGCCCGCCUCGGUGCAGGUCAGCGUCAACGCCACGCCCCUCACCAUCCAGCGUGGAGACAAUAAGACUUCCCACAAGCCCCUCUACCUGAAGCAUGUGUGCCAGCCUGGCCGCAACACCAUCCAGAUCACGGUCACCGCCUGCUGCUGUUCCCACCUCUUCGUGCUUCAGCUGGUGCACCGUCCAUCUGUCCGCUCCGUCCUGCAGGGCCUCCUCAAGAAGCGCCUCUUGCCAGCUGAGCACUGCAUCUCCAAGAUAAAGCAGAACUUCAGUAGCGGCACUCUCCCUGGUACCCCUGGGCCUAAUGGAGAGGAUGGGGUGGAGCAGACGGCUAUCAAGGUGUCCUUGAAGUGCCCCAUCACCUUCCGCGGGAUCCAGCUCCCUGCCCGUGGUCAUGACUGUCGUCACAUACAGUGCUUUGACCUGGAGUCAUACUUACAACUUAACUGUGAGCGGGGAACCUGGAGGUGCCCUGUGUGCAACAAGACGGCAUUGCUGGAGGGCCUAGAGGUGGACCAGUACAUGCUAGGCAUCUUGAUUUACAUUCAGAACUCCGACCACGAGGAGAUCACCAUGGACCCCACGUGCAGCUGGAAGCCGGUCUUGAAGCCCGACCUGCACAUCAAGGAGGAGCCGGAUGGGCCAGUGCUGAAGCGCUGCCGCACCGUGAGCCCUGCCCACGUGCUCAUGCCCAGUGUGAUGGAGAUGAUUGCAGCCCUGGGCCCUGGCUUUGCCCCUUUGCAGCCCCCCUCAGCUCCUGCCCCCAGCGACUACCCCAGCCAGAAUUCCAACUUUUUGGGCCCUGGAAUCUUCCCAGAGUCUUUCCCAACUACCACACCCAGCACCCCAAGCCUUGCUGAGUUCACCCCAGGGCCACCCCCCAUCUCCUAUCAAUCUGACAUUCCUAGCAGCCUCCUGACUCCAGAGAAGUCUGCCCCUUGUCUCCCGGGCCAGAUGGCACCAGCAGGCCACCUGGACCCAGCCCACAAUUCUGGACCACCAGGGCUGCACACCUCCAACCUUGUGCCCCCCCAGGGUCCCCAGCUGCACCAUCCAAACCCUUCCCCUGCAUCCCGGCAGCCUGGGCCAGGGAGCACAGGGCCCAUCAGUGAGUUGGCCUUUAAUCCUGCCACAGGCGUGAUGGGCCCCCCCAGCAUGCCUGGAGCUGGGGAGGCCUCAGAACCAGCUCUGGAUCUGCUCCCAGAACUGACCAACCCCGAUGAGCUGCUCUCCUACCUGGGCCCACCCGACCUUCCUACAAACAGCAGUGAUGACCUGCUCUCACUAUUUGAGAACAACUGAUCCUGUGUUAAACUUCAGCCUGGUGGGGACAACUCAAAGAUAUCACUGCAAACUUCCCUUCUCACCAGCUCCACAGGACGGCUGGUGGUCCUCCCUGAACCCCUCCCGUGCAUAUGGCCCAAACCAGGACCUGCCACUGCUGGCCCUCUCAGAACUGGAAGUAGCCCUGUGCUCCAAGGGGCUCCAGGCCAGUGACCCUCACCACCUUCCCUCCACCGAGCUCACUGCUACAGAAUGGGUCUUGCCAAGGUGCCCUGCCAGCCUCUGCCUAGCCAUGUGUACACACCUCAUACCCUCGUCUCAUGGCCUUGCACCUUGUCUUUUCGCCCUGCCUGCUUCUCCCACCCAGCCUGCAUCUUGUCUAGCAUUGACCCUUCUGUUUCUACUCCUCCAGAGAAGAGCCAGGUAUGAGAUAAGCUGGCUCUGCCCCUCGGCCUGCAGCGCCACUGGCCUGCGCCUGGCAUUCUCAGCUCAGAGCCGUGCAGAGUGCCAGCCUUCCAGGGCCUGGUGCUCCAGUCAGCCAUGUGUGAUGUGGGGCUCCUCUCCCCACCCUGAGCUUGAGGCUGAGGUGGGGGUGGCUAUAAAGCACAACAAUGUACAUAGUGUCGAAACGCUAACAGCUGGGAAAGGGAGGGGACAACCAUUUCAGUCAGCAUGUUUCCUCUGGGCCAGCCCAGGCCUUCCCUGUGCUGUUUGUCCCUUUCUGAGUGCGGACAGCUUGAAGGGAUGUUCUAGUGGGGAGGGGGACAGUGAGCUGCUCUCCCAAGUUGCCCUUUUCUGUGAAAGUGAAGAAUUAGAUCAGCUGUGUGUUUUUUAAAACCACCUCAUCUCCACCCUGUGGAACCACACCCAGGUUGGGGGAGGCUGUUGCAUCUGCUGGCAAGGUGCCCAACCCUGCAAGCAGGGUGCCUGGCCUGUUGUGUCUCCUGUCUGUGCGGUCUUAUUAAAGGACUCCCUCGUG